UAACCCAGUGGCCAACCACCAGUAACCCAGUGGACCACCACCAGUACCCCAGUGGACCACCACCAGUACCCCAGUGGACCACCACCAGUACCCCAGUGGACCACCACCAGUAUCCCCAGUGGACCACCACCAGUAUCCCCAGUGGACCACCACCAGUAUCCCUAGUGGACGACCACCAUAACCCAGUGGACCACCACCAGUACCCCAGUGGACCACCACCAGUAUCCCAGUGGACCAACACCAGUAUCCCCAUUGGACCACCACCAGUACCCAAGUGGACCACCACCAGUAACCCAGUGGACCACGACCAGUACCCCCAGUGGACAACCACCAGUAUCCUCAGUGGACCACCACCAGUAUCCCCAGUGGACCACCUCCAGUAUCCCCAGUGGACAACCACCAGUAUCCUUGUGGACCACCACCAGUAUCCCCAGUGGACCACCUCCAGUAUCCCCAGUGGACCACCUCCAGUAACACAGUGGACCACCACCAGUAACCCAGUGGACCACCACCCGUAUCCCCAGUGGACCAUGACCAUAUCCCAGUGGACCAUGACCAGUAUCCCAGUGGACCACCACCAGUAUCCCCAGUGGACCACCUCCAGUAACACAGUGGACCACCACCAUGGACCACCAGCAGUAUCCCCAGUGGACCACCACCAGUACCCCAGUGGACCACCACCAGUAACCCAGUGGCCAACCACCAGUAUCCCAGUGGACCACCACCAGUAUCCCCAGUGGACCACCACCAGUAUCCCAGUGGACCACCACCAUACCCCAGUGGACCACCACCAGUAUCCCAGUGGACCACCACCAGUAUCCCAGUGGACCACCACCAGUACCCCAGUGGAUCACCACCAGUACCCCAGUGGACCACCACCAGUAUCCCAGUGGACCACAACCAGUAACCCAGUGGACCACCACCAGUACCCCAGUGGACCACAACCAGUAACCCAGUGGACCACCACCAGUAUCCUCAGUGGACCACCAGCAGUAUCCUCAGUGGACCACCACCAGUAUCCCCAGUGGACCACCACCAGUAUCCCCAGUGGACCACCACCAGUAUCCCAGUGGACCACCACCAGUAUCCUCAGUGGACCACCAGCAGUAUCCUCAGUGGACCACCACCAGUACCCCAGUGGACCACCACCAGUAACCUCAGUGGACCACCACCAGUAA